AUGGAGGUGCGUCCGGUGGAAGAUCAUGUGGAACUAAUAUCAACGAAUGAUAUAAACUAUGGGACGGCUGGUGAGAGGACUGAGGAGCAUCCGAUAUUGGCCCGUUGUGUAAACUAUGAACCGCUUUCCAAUGAGCAACCCAAAUUGACACUGUACCCACUGGAUCAACUGAACAAUUUAUCGAAUGCGGCUGACUCAGGGAGGCUACAGGAGUCGCUGGUGGUGCACGAUCUUUUAAAUAAUCUAUUAGGAUUAAGUGGUACCUAUAUUAGAUACAAUAACGAUUACGACCCAUACAAGGGCGGCGUCCCUGAGUUCAAAGUGGUCAAGAAGAUGGAUGCCUCAUUGAAAUCAAUUAGCAAGAAAAUGUUACAGUUGGGUAGUUACUAUGUCGCUUUGACUCACGCUUCUGAGAAAUGGUCCGAUAUAUCCUAUGGAAUAGUUCUUCAACGGCUGAGUUAUGAAAUUCGAAAGUUCAUUAACGAUGUAUAUCUAAAACUUAUUGUGGAGCGACUGGAACGAGAGUUCAAGGAAAACCCUACUUUUUCAAUUAGAGAAAUGAAGCAAAUAAUCAACGAUACCGAGGUCGGGAAACAACUAAGCAUAUUACACAAUUUAGUAUUGGAGAUUGACGAUGAAAUGCGCGUUAGAAGUACAACAGAUUUGAGUCAGAUGUCCUUGGAUGGGCUGAUGUCAGAGUUAAACGAAUUUAGUCAAGAUGAUGAUCUGAUGCCAAUAUUGAUUGAGAGGAAGAUCUCUCCCGUUGCAAAAGGUGGCACCAUCCUUAAGAUUCUCCAUAAAAUGAUUUUGGAGAAUCUGGGGGACCGAUCUAGUGUUGAGUUUAUGCGUUUGUUGUUGAUAAGUAUUAGUGACAACUACUACAAAGUCCUGGAUGAUUGGAUGACGCAGGGGGAAUUGAACGAUCCUUACGACGAAUUUAUGAUUGUGAACACAAUGAAGAAUAUCACAAAUAUGAAUAUCACAAACCCAACGGAAUGUGAUAGGAUAUGGCUGACACAGUACGGUAUUCGGAAAGAUGGGCUGCUUGCCAAAUUUGAAGGCACUAACGGUAACUCUUUGCUCUUUAAAAUCUUAACGACUGGUAAGCUGUUAAACUUGAUAAGGAGGACUUUGGACAUCACUAAGAUCCCACUCGGGGAACCUAAUGGGUCAAUGGCGUCUCCACUGGACAAUUUCCACGUGUCUAAUUUUGUGGAGUUACUAGAGGGCACAAAUUUCGAGCUUUACGUUGACAAAUGGUAUAACAGGGCGAACAAACUGAGUCUGAAGCUACUGUUCAAUGGGUACAAUUUAACGACCAUUUUAUUGGAUUUACAGAGCCAGUUCUUUGGCUUUAAGAAUGGUAAUUCAUGGAAUGCGUUUUACGACCUAAGUAUAAAUGACUUGACCCGACAGUUCUCCAACAGCAACAGGAUGUUUAUGGAGAGUAAACUUUCGCACAAUUUCAAGCUCCGGAAACAUGAUGGAGGCAAGGAGAGACUGGUCCCCUAUCUAAUGACGUUACAAAUGGGUGCUCGGCCCUUCCGCGAUCUGAUAACUGAAUACAUUAAAAGUGAGAAUCAGACUGUAAGAGAAAAUAACGCCACUGGAGAUGGGCGUAUAUCCAAUUUUGAUACUUUAAGGGACAUGGUGAUGCAAGAGUUCGAACAAGCGAUUUCGUCCACAGCAGAGACUAACAGUUCUUCAACGUCGAACACCCCCCCACAGGCGAGCAUUCACUACUUAAAAUUUGACAUUCCGAUUCCAUACCCGUUAAACGUAGUGGUGAACCGAUCGUGCAUCUCGCAGUACCAACUGAUAAAUAGAUACCUCAAUUUGCUGAAUUACCACAGUAAAAUACUCGACGAGACGUGGAUAGAGAUCAACAAGAACAAGAUCUGGAAGUACAAGGGAUUUAGCGGCGAUAUUCAGAAGGGGAUCAUCCGCCGAGCACGAAUCGUCCAUAACUCCAUGAACAAUUUCGUGAAAUGUAUCAGUGAGUACUUCUACCAGGAUGUGAUUGACCACGAAAUGUCGCGUUGCUACGAGCAAUCGAGCCUCGUGUCCGUCACCAAUCUCCAGAACGCGCUGACGGAGAGUCUCACAAACAUCUUGCACGAUGGCUGCGUGAUAGAACUGAUUGACCUCCAAUUGCAAAUAUUUGAUAUCAUCAACAAGUUCUGCAAAUUCGUCACCUCCAUGAGACGAAGGCUGUGUAGGCUAGACUACAACCUGUACAAGCACUACUUCGGAGCUGAAGACGAGGCGGGCAACGGCUACAACGAGGAGGACUUGAUCAGCAAAGUCCCCGAGUACGCCGAAUUCGUGUCCCAAGUGGACCACAGUUUCCGCCAACACAGAGACGCCAUGUUGGAAGGCAUGUGGCACCGUUACAAUGGGACCCAGCACCCGUUGAUGGCCCUGCGGAACCAGAUGGCUGCGGUCUCGGACCAUGGCAACCGCCUCAUGGCAAGCUGCCGCUACGGGGGCAUCCACUAA